AUGUCUGGGUUGAAGAAUAUUAUCACCAAGAUACGACGGUUGCCUAUUGAUGGUGUUACCUUACAGAAGUUGAAGGAUCAUGUAAAGAAGGAAUUCAAGAAGCCACAGGUGGAUUCUCGUAAGUUAAGGAGAGCUCAUAGAAUAAUGGAUGAUAUAAUAGAUAAUGAGAAUUGGUCUGCCAUCGCAGAGGUUUUGGAUUAUGUAUAUAAGACAGUUGAAGGGAAAAAAACCUAUCCCCAACAUUACAGGAUGAUUGAAAUAAUCAAAGGAAUGAAUUAUGAUGAUGCCAGAUGGAUUCCACAAACCCAUCUUUUGAAAGAACUCAAAAUCAAUGAUAAACUCCAUAAUGCUUUUGAUAACGAUUUGGCUAUGCCUAGACACGUAUUGGAAGUUGAUGAGAAUGCUGACACUAUUGAGUUAUUACCUUUAAAGUCGAAAUCACCCAAAAACAAUCUUUUACCUCAAUUGAUGAAAUUUUAUGAGUUUCUUGGUAAAAGUUCAGUAACUCAUUUGAAACUCCCUCCUUUCAAUGUAGUAUAUCCUCCCAACAGGUUUGGGAAACCUAUGCAUAUAAUAGACCGCGAUAAGAUCUUGAAUACCAAGUUGAAGUAUAUCAAAACCAUCUUACAGUAUCGACCUAUUCUGGAAUAUUCACUUCAAGAACUUAAUAAGGUAUUGGAUUACCAAAUACCUAUCAAUGAGUAUUUCUUCAAGUAUAUGGUGAGAAAGGAUAGGAUCAUUGGAAAGAAGAAACUCAUACCCACGGAUAAAAACAUCGUGAAGAUUUAUCGACAAUACUUAAUGAAACAAUUUUAUAUCCAAAAUGGGUAUAAGAUGAAUGUUGUGAAAGUUUAG